GACGGCCGCCAUGUGCGUAGAUGCGUAAGCGCAGCGCGACGUGCCGCGGACAGAUACCCCGAGCCCGCGGCGGCGCGCGGACCAUGCUGCGCCUGCUGCCGGCGGCCCUCCUCCUCGCCGCAGCCGCGCACGCCUGGAGACCGCCCCCUCAGCCGCUGCACAUCGCACCCCGCUUACACAUGAGGCACAACAAUCACACGCGACAUUUACACCUCUUCGGCUGGCAUGUGGAACUCAGAGAAAACCGAGCCAUCACUUCCCCCCACUAUAACGAGUGCCAGUUCUACAGGGGCCGCGUCCUCCACGAGGAAGACUCCUCCGCCACCGUCACUGAGUGCGACGGCCAGCUUUACGGACUGCUGCAAGUGGGCGAUGAAGAGUUCGUUCUGCAGCCGACGAGGCCGAGCGGAAACCAUGUGUUGCGACGCCGCGACGUACUCUUAUCGGAGCAGCCCGCCGCUUACAAUCUCACCGGAGAUACGGUCACUGACCUUGAACUUGAGUUCGAGGAAAAUCACGGCCUGAUGCCGUUCAUGAGCUUCGGAGAUGACUCUGAUCUUGAUUACUUUCGUGAUUUGCGACCGGUCACAAGAUCGACGAGAGGUGUGAAGGGACUGUGGUUGGAGAUGGCAAUAAUGGCAGAUCACACGAUGCUGAAGUUCCACGGUAGGGAGCGAGUGGAACACUACAUAUUAGCUUUAAUGAAUAUUGUCAGUGCCAUCUUCAAUGAUCCUUCAAUGGAAUCGAACAUGACGCUAGUUAUAAACAAACUGUUUCUAAAUGAGGAGAAAGACUCUACAGUGAAGUAUGGAAAUGUGAGAAAGUCCCUGGAAGCAGUCAAUAAAUGGAAUUACAAACACCUGAGUAGACUUCCGAAAGAUGCGACAGGUUGGGAUGUCGCCAUAUGGUUGACCAGGGUGCCGCUCGGUGGACCCUCUGGGUUUGCGCCUGUAGGAGGCGUCUGCUCCAGCAUGAGAUCAGCUUCUAUCAACAGAGAUGAAGGGUUGACCAGCGCUUUCGUUAUUGCCCAUGAGCUGGCUCAUCUCUUGGGCCUGACCCACGAUGGCGACAAUCAAUGCGAGAAGGAUUCCCGACGAGGCACUGUCAUGGCGCCCACCGUGUUGGCGACGCUCCAGAACUUCGCCUGGUCCAAGUGUUCCAGGGAACAGUUCCAUGAAAAGUCAAGGAAAUGGUGGUGCCUGCAUGAACGGAGUCGAGACGAGGGGGUCGAGCUGGGGGGAGCCAAGGAGAUCUCAAAUUACGUGUUCACUAUGGAUGAACAAUGUCGAACAGAGUUCGGUGAAGGUUUCUCAGUGUGCAAAACCGUAAAGGUGCGUUCAGCAUGUUCGAGAUUGUGGUGUGCACAUCGCACUAUGCCACACGUUUGCCGCACGAAGCGAGCGCCGCCGCUAGAGGGCACGCCUUGCGGUAAUAACCGGUGGUGCGUAAACAGAGUAUGCCAGCCGAUGCCCGGCGGCGCUAAAGACAGGAGAGAAAAAGAAAAACGUACAAAAGGAAGAGAGAAAGGAGAAGAAAAGUCCACAGAGUCAAGACUGCCUCGUUGGGAGGACUGGAGUGAAUGGAGUACCUGCAACGUUUCUUGUGGAUAUGGGUUGAGAACCCGAAACAGGCAAUGUUGGUUUCAAGGAUUAGUAUCGGAGAGUGCGUGUGAAGGUGCCAGUUCCCAAAUGGCGACCUGUUUCGCGGGAGAAUGCGUCCACGCAUCGGACUUACGCACCGACUUGUGUCUCCAGCAGUCCAAUCGAUAUAUACCCUACAUUCAUCCAGAUGAGUCGAAAACCUGUGAGCUUUGGUGUGUGGACUAUGACGGUGGCGAUCCAUUAUUGUUUGGUACCCUGCAUGAUGGCUCUUCGUGCAGCUACACCAGACCCUAUGAUAUUUGCUUCCAGGGAACUUGCAUCAAAGGCCAGUGCAACUCGACUGACCCGGCGUGCAACUGGUGCCCCGACGGAUAUUGUUCUAACAACACCUACCUCUACACAAAGUUUGUUAAAGGUUGGACCCGCCUCGCCGUCAUUCCUUACGACGCCCACCAGCUCUCCAUGCAUGUGGCCACUCCUGCCAGCAUCAGGGUUGCUUUCAAAGAGCUCGGUGCCGACAAACACAUCCUGGAAGUAAUGAGGCACUCCAGAAGAUUCGCCAUUGACAACCCCCAGUACAACGACCUCAAAUAUGACCCGAAUGUGCCACAGAAUUUGCAGAUCGUAGAAGUAGAUAUAAGAGAAGGAUUGGAAGGUUCGGCUGUGGUUAGCGGCGCGGUGCUGCAGUGGAGACAGACGGACUCGCAUAUUAAUAUAACUUCACUAUCAAAACUGCAGAGGGAUUUGGUUAUUAUGGCAAGUCCGGACAGCGCUGCGUACGACAUGUUCACGGUGGAAGUAUCCGUAAACUACAGCACUCCUGCCGGACGCACGCACCCGCAGGAAUACAGAUGGCCCGAAGAAAGAGGAGUAUGUUCAGUGUCCUGCGGAGGAGGUAUCCGUAUAGUCAGAACACAAUGCCCUAGGGACCAGCCGUGUGCCAAGCCAAGGCUUGAACGAUGCAAUUCCCAUAGCUGCGAGUUCUCCUGGCGCGCGGGGGAGUGGGAGGGGUGCAGCGCGACGUGCGGGGAGCGGGGUUUCCAGGAGCGACAGCUGUACUGCGUGCCGACAGGAAUCACCAUAUCGUCUCAGUCUGAUUUGAUAAAGAACUUCGUGUCUCCCGUCCUGUGCCCUGAUGAGAAGCCCGAGAAGCAGCAGCCAUGCAACCAGAUCCCCUGCCCCUCGUACUGGCAAGAAAUGCCUUGGACUCCGUGCUCAACAACCUGCGGGCGAGGCAUAUCUCGGCGGCCACUGAUCUGCCCAGCGCCCAAUGACAUACUCUGCGGCCCAAAGCCUCGUGAGCGCCGGCGCCGCUGUCGCCAACGCCGCUGCCCCCUAUCAUUACGCCAACCCCAACAGUGCACCAACCCUGACUCCCAAUACUGCCAACAUUACGAACUGCCAAGAAACUGCGUCCUCGCACCUUUCCGAAGACUCUGCUGCAACGCUUGCAAGAGAUACAGCACAUACAACGCGGGAUGACGUAUAUAAUUAUAAUUUUGAUGUAAUCAGUAUUUUCUAUUCGCUAUUUAUAAGUAGUUAAGCUAAUAUUACGGAACGAAGUGCCAUAACGUAUUUACACCACUUCCAUUG